AUGAAAGAAAUCGCGAAAAACGGAAACGGAGAAGAUCUAGAAGUGAAAGGCAGUUUUGACAAACGCUUAGAUGAACUGCGAAGGGAGAAGAAACGGCAAAAGAAGUUGAGGAAGGAAAGGAUUAAGGCGUCGGAAACGUUGGAAGAAAAACGUGCUAGACGUGUGGCCAAAAAGUUACGAAAGGAAGAGAAACGUAAGGCGAAAAUAGACAGUUUGCUUCCUGAAGGUGCUGACUACACGAACUUGAACAACCCAUUCAAUGACCCCCAUCUUACUCAGACAUUUAUAUGGACCAAGAAAUUAGAAGCCGAAGGUCUUGCAAACUUGCCUAUGCGAGAUCUUGAAAAAUUGAACAGAGAGCGAAUCCGUAAGAAUUUUGCUGAAAUGGAGGAUUUGAAAAGGAAUCGUGAGGCUCGGGAAGCAGCCCGAGAAGAUUUGGAGAUGAUUCGUAGAGACGAAGAAAGAAGAGGGAAUUUCACCUGGGAACAAACUGAAGAAAUGUUUCACCUUAAUCAGGCUAAAUUACGUUCAAAAAUAAGACUUCGUGAAGGCCGAGGGAAGCCAAUUGAUUAUCUUGCAAGAUAUAUUAGAUAUGAUGACGGUGAUGGUAAAAAGGACGAUGAAAGAGGAACCGGUGAGGACGACGAGUAUGACUUAGAAGUGCCGCUGGUCUAUUUGCACGGUUUGACAACCAAGGAUCUUGAGGAUCUUUUGGAAGAUAUUAAAGUUUAUAUUCGAAUUGAUCAGCCCAAAAAUUUGUCAUGGUGGUUAGAUUUUCGUACAGUGGUUAAUGGUGAACUGAGGAAACUGAGUGACGAUGUGAGGACUUCGAGCUUGCGAGAUUCCAUCCAUGGCUCAGUCCAGCAGGACGUGACAAGAAUAUUGACAGGCAAAUCGCUUGGAGAACUAGCACAGUUGGAGUCCCAAAUUAAGAAGAAAAUACAUGAAGGGCGGGAAGGGACGGACGUUGCGUACUGGGAAAGCCUUCUCACUCAUUUGCAGGUUCAUAUGGCUAAGGGAAGAAUUUGUAAACGGCAUAACGAGAUAUUAAAGUUUCGUUUAAAGAAAAUGAAGGAAGAACAAAUGUUGGAUUUAAGCCAACAGGGCACCAGUACCAGAACAAAAAAUAUGGUCGUAGAGAAGAAUCAGAAUGAGCCGGAUUCUUCAAAACAGCCAAGCGGCAAAACCAAAACGAGCUAUUCAAGGGUUCUGGACGACUUAGAUGCUGCUGAUGAGGAGGCAAAAGAACAGAAAUGGAGGCACGUGGCUUUCUUUUCUAUUAAUUCCGAUUUUAAUUCAUUGGGUUUUCUAGAGGAGCUUUUGACUGAGGAAGAAAUGGAAGCUGUGACGCUUGAGAUGUACGAACGAGGCUGUUACAGCCCUGUUUACGGAGACGAAAAACAAGCUAUGCCAGGAAUUGAAAUCCUCAACGAAGCUGAAGAUGAACGUAAAAGAAUUGAAGCACGUUUGAAAUAUCGUGAUGAAUCGGGAACAGACAGCAUUUCUUAUUCGGCAGAAGAAAGGGAAAUGUUGGCAAUUGCCAAAAAAGGUAUGGACAGUGAUGAGUCAUCCUUUGCUGUUGAAGCUCCGUUAGAGGCUCAGACCUUCUUAUGGUCUGAGAAAUAUCGUCCUAGGAAACCAAGGUAUUUCAAUCGUGUACAUACCGGAUUUGAAUGGAAUAAGUACAAUCAGACGCAUUACGACAUGGACAACCCGCCACCAAAAAUUGUACAAGGUUAUCGCUUCAAUAUUUUUUAUCCUGAUUUGCUGGAUGUGACCGAAACGCCAUCAUUCACCGUUACGCCUUGUGACGAUCCAGAUUUCGCUGUUCUCAGGUUUCAUUCCGGACCACCAUACGAAGACAUAGCUUUUAAGAUUGUCAAUCGGGAGUGGGAAAUAAGUCAUAAACAUGGAUAUAAGUGUCAGUUUGCAAAUGGUAUUUUCCAGUUGUGGUUCUUCUUCAAACGUUAUAGAUACCGUAGAUAA